CGGAUUGGUCUCUAGAUGAGAGCUUGGUACCACCUUCCUUUCUAAAAUAAAAUCUCUCUGGCAUGAAGUCACAGCCUAUUUCACAUCCGGUUUACCCUGGGACGUAUUACUACUGUCUUGGUAAAGAGAAAGCUUUUGUUGUAUAGCGGCGGUCGGAAUAUUGGGAACAGAAAUUUGGGUGCUAAGCCCGGAGGACCGGAGCGGAGCGGAGCAGCCGCGGCGAUGGCCGAGGCGGAGUGAGCGGCGGAGCCGGAGCCGCGCAGCCUCCGCGCCGCGCGGGCGGCAGGGCAGCCCCGGCAGAGCCGGUCAGCGGCGCCCCGCGCGGACCCGCGCCCGAGGGGCUCCCGGUAAGGGCGGCCGCUCGCUCGCACACACACACACACACGCACACGCACGGACGGACGGAGGGACGCACACGGACAGACAGGCAGACACACACCCGCACCCCUCCGGGCGCUCCCGGCUGCGGGCACCGCGUCCAGGCGCGCAGGCGGCUCCUCUCCCCUCUCUCCGCAGUUUCAGAGACCACCAUGAAGAGACUCCUGGUGCUUUGUGACUGCCUCUGGGCCUGGAGCCUCCUUCUGAAUGCAUUGACUGAAAGAAGCUAUGGACAAACUUCAUCACAAGAUGAACUUAAAGACAACACCACAGUAUUUACCAGAAUAUUGGAUCGUCUGCUGGAUGGUUAUGAUAACCGCUUGAGACCAGGACUGGGAGAGCGUGUAACUGAAGUGAAGACUGACAUCUUCGUCACCAGUUUUGGGCCUGUUUCAGACCAUGAUAUGGAAUACACUAUAGAUGUAUUUUUCCGUCAAAGCUGGAAAGAUGAGAGAUUAAAAUUCAAAGGACCUAUGACUGUUCUCCGGUUAAAUAAUUUAAUGGCCAGCAAAAUUUGGACACCUGAUACCUUUUUCCACAAUGGAAAGAAGUCAGUGGCUCAUAACAUGACGAUGCCAAAUAAACUAUUACGAAUUACAGAGGAUGGGACAUUGCUAUACACAAUGAGAUUGACUGUGAGAGCAGAAUGUCCAAUGCAUUUAGAAGACUUUCCUAUGGAUGCACAUGCUUGCCCCUUGAAAUUUGGAAGCUAUGCUUAUACCAGAGCAGAGGUUGUGUAUGAAUGGACACGGGAACCAGCGAGGUCAGUGGUUGUGGCUGAAGACGGCUCUCGAUUGAACCAGUACGAUCUGCUUGGACAAACUGUGGACUCUGGAAUUGUUCAGUCCAGUACAGGGGAAUAUGUUGUUAUGACUACGCAUUUUCAUUUGAAGAGAAAGAUUGGUUACUUUGUCAUCCAGACUUACCUGCCAUGCAUAAUGACAGUGAUACUGUCACAGGUGUCCUUCUGGCUUAAUAGAGAAUCUGUUCCAGCAAGAACUGUAUUUGGAGUGACAACUGUCCUGACAAUGACUACUCUGAGCAUCAGCGCAAGGAAUUCGCUCCCCAAGGUGGCCUAUGCCACUGCUAUGGAUUGGUUUAUAGCAGUGUGCUAUGCCUUUGUGUUUUCUGCACUCAUCGAAUUUGCAACAGUGAAUUACUUCACAAAGAGAGGCUAUGCAUGGGAUGGCAAAAGUGUCGUUCCUGAAAAGCCAAAGAAAGUGAAGGAUCCUCUCAUUAAGAAAAAUAACACAUACACAGCUGCAGCUACGAGCUACACCCCUAAUAUUGCAAGGGACCCUGGGCUGGCAACCAUUGCUAAAAGUGCAACGAUUGAGCCCAAAGAAGUUAAGCCAGAAACAAAACCUGCAGAACCCAAGAAAACUUUUAACAGCGUCAGUAAAAUUGAUCGACUAUCAAGAAUAGCCUUCCCAUUGCUUUUUGGAAUCUUUAACUUAGUCUAUUGGGCUACUUAUUUAAACCGGGAGCCCCAGUUAAAAGCUCCAACUCCACAUCAAUAACCUCAUUUAUUCAUAUAGUUCUGUUUUGUCUUUUGCUCUGGGAAUUCCUUCCCGUUUUCACAUACAGUAAUUCCCAUUUGCUUCAUUGCCUCUGUCUUAAAGAAAAUAAAGGUUUCUUUAUUUAACAAAAGGUAAAAUAUAUCUGUAUAUUUAAAAAAACCUGUGUGUGAGGGAGAGAACAAUGUAAGCUAUGUACUUGGAAAAGUGAUUCUGAAAAUGGGAAAGAAAGAGUUGUAGAGUAAUGAAAAAAAAAAAGGAAACCAUUUGUAGAUAGCUUAGUACUGAAUGUCCCCAAAAGGUAUUGUAUACAUACGUGAAAAAGAUAUUUUUAUUCAAAGGAUUGUGGGGAGUGGGAAAAUAUUCUUUAUGAUGUUCCUGAUGCACAUACUAUACCGUGCCAUUUAUUCAACCACUGUUUAUAAUCUUUUCAAGGAUGUAAAGCUUUCCAUUUGCUGAAUCCCAUAAGAUAUGUUAUUUUCCUAAUCCCUUUUCUCUUCUAUAUUCCAAACCACCUGACUUAUAAUAUUAAAUGGUUUUAAAGAAGAAGGAAAUCUACUCACUCUAGGUACAGUUUGUCACUGUAUAGCACAUAAGAUCUAAUGGUAACAAAUGCUUUAAUCUGCUGUCUUACUGCAGUCUUGUUCUAAGCAUUAAGUUGUCACUAGACUAGAUUUAAAACCAGUUGCACAAUCAAGUGCAGAUCCCAAGUUCCCUCUAUCACCUCUGUAAUCCAAACAAUUCCUGGACGCUUUUACAGAUAGCUUUUACUCAUCACUAUGUUUUAGAGAGUUAAAAACAAACAAACCAACCAACAAUUUUUGCAAGCUCUAGAUAUGUUGAAUGUAUUCUUUUAUAAAACAAUACAUUAAAAAGAAGCUUUAGACUGAGAUUUAUGGAUAGCAGAAAGACAAAAUAUAGUAUUUAAAUAAUAUAUGUAAAUAUGCAGCAUGAGAUUGUACAUUUUUUUACUUUUUUAAAGUUGUGUUCUUAAAACAUUGUGUAGGAUUCACCUCUUAGCUCUUAAUAUGUUGUUAAAUGCUCAAUAAAACAUAUUUAGAGCCUGAAUUAAAAAAAAAAAAAAAAUCAGUGGUACUGGAAAGCCUAAAAAAUUAAAUAUGCAGAAAGUGCUUGGAAUUAAUUCCAUUUGUAAAGUGGAUAAGUGUACAGUAGCUUGCAAUUUGACAAUGUCAUCCAAUGUAUACUAUUAGAUUAAUGACUGGUCUGCUCAGGUCAUGCAUAAAUACUAAAGUAUGGGAUUAUAUUUGGUAGGUAAAAAUGGUGAAAUAUUUGUUAAGACAGAAGUUCAUCUGUAUAUUACUGCUAUAUUUGCUGAUACAUAACUGUUACAAUAAGUGAUGUAAUAUAUGUAGCAUUAAAUACAAAAAAGUCAUACAUAAAAGAAUGUACAGGAAAAUAGAUUUUAUUGAGUAAACUUACUACAUUUCAUUUUUACUGUAGCAAUAUAUUUGUAGGAACAAUAUGUAAGGGCUUUAAAAACAAGAUGUCCAUUUUGCAGAUAUUGUGCUCCCUUUAAAAAAAUUCUAGUCAGUAUCAUUACUGUCGAUUCUUAGAAAUAAAAUUUCAGAUAAAGAUUUUUCAAAGAGAUGGGAAGGAUGGUGGAUAUUUGCAAGCAUCAAUUAAAAAAACGUAAUAUAUGGUAUUGAAUGAAUUUUAAAACAGCGCUACAUGAGCCUCCAGGGAAACAGCUACUGAGACUCAAAUUUCAUAGGCAAUGUUUUCUAAACUCUUUCUCAAUAAAUCAAAAAGUUGACGUUCUCUAUCUACAAAAGGAAAUAGUUAAUGUUUUAUUUAGAGAAGAUUUUUUAAAAUAAUGCUUCAUUGUCUAACAUUUGGUCCUGUCUAAACUUGAUAAGUUAUCUGAUUGGAGCUUAUUAAAAGGGGAUGUUUCAUCUUCUGGUAUCAUGUGUAGAUAUAUGUAUAGAAAAAAAUAAACUAUGGCUCUUUAACUUCUGUGUACUUGUUUAUCUUGUUAUUUUUGGCGUUAAACUAGUGUGUUCAUUUAGGGCAUUUUAUCUUUCUAGCGAUUCAUAGCUACCUUUUGGUCUGCAUUUUGCACAUUAGAUGUGAAUAUUACUUAACUAGUCUGCUUUUUGCUAUGCAAUGAUUGCAUUAUAUCACCUCUUAGUUAGUCUAUGCCAAUAGUAUUAUACUGUAUAAACUUGAUUGCACAGUUUAUCAAAGACAAGGUAUUCUCUAUGUAGCUUUUUUACAAUGCUUUGCUAAACCAUGUAAUAAUAGUAAGUCUUCCUUGAAAAUAAUGAUACACUCUUAUAGAGGACAGUUUCUGUUUACUCCUGGGAUAAUUUUAAAAAGAUGACAUUGAAUGUUUAUUGCACCUCAGUGCAGUGAUGUGGCAAUAAAACCUAAAUCUAAUAGAGGUUGUUUAUGGCAGAAGCAUGUAUUGCUUUACAGAGUUUAGCAAAAGCUCUUUAUUUUAUGUCAGACUGUAAUUCUAUUAUAAUAAUAAAGCUAAAAAUGUUCAAUAAUGAAA